GAGUCCACGUAAUCCGCCGAAAAAACCCUAAUCGCCAGCACCUUCUCUUCCUCCUUUAGUAACCCCUCGGCGGCUGCGAGCGAUUCCAUUGGCGACUCGCGGCAACCUUCUGCGACGAUCGGCGAUCCAAAGAGAGCCAGCUUCCUCAGCCUCUCUGUUUGACACUAUUUACACAUCUGAACCUGGUUUAUCUCAAUGCAAAGGAGUUGACAAUGUUAGUUGGUUCUUAAUUAUUGUGUGGCAUUUGAUCUUGUUGGAUUUAUCUACAGAAGGUUCUCCUCUUCUGUUUAGAAGAUGGCAGAGGUUAUUUCAAUGGCAGAUAUAGAGGCAUCUGCCGCACGCAUUGGAAUUGAUCUCUCUUCCAUUAAUCUGGAUUCAAUCCAACUUCCUCCGGGUGAGGAUUUUGGGAUCCAAAGUGGUGAUGAUGGAGAUUUGUACCAAGAUGAUCCUUUGGAGUUUGAAGGAGGAUUCGGAAACAUUAUCGUGGUUGACAAUUUGCCAGUUGUGCCUCCGGAGAAAUUUGAGAAAUUGGAAGGUGUGAUUCGCAAAAUAUAUAGUCAGAUUGGGACAAUUAGAGAAGGAGGAAUCUGGAUGCCAGUUUCCCCAGACACACAAAAGACUCUUGGGUAUUGCUUCAUUGAAUACAACACGGCUCAGGAAGCAGAGUUGGCACGAGAAAAAACAAAUGGAUACAAAUUAGAUAAAUCUCACAUAUUUGCUGUUAAUGUAUUGGAUGAUUUUGAAAAGUACAUGAAGGUCCCAGAGGAGUGGAAAGCUUCUGAAAUCAAACCAUAUAUGCCUGGGGAGAACUUGCAGCAGUGGCUUACUGAUGAGAAAGCUAGGGAUCAAUUCGUCAUCCGUGCAGGUUCCAACACUGAAGUUUUCUGGAAUGAUCCCAGGCAAUUAAUGCCUGAACUCGUACAUCAACGACAAUAUUGGACCGAGAGCUUUGUCCAGUGGUCUCCUCUUGGAACCUACUUGGCCACUGUGCAUAGGCAGGGUGCUGCUGUCUGGGGUGGUGCUUCUACUUUUAAUCGUUUGAUGAGAUUUGCUCACCCUCAGGUAAGGCAAAUUGAUUUCUCUCCUAGCGAGAAGUACAUCAUAACAUAUAGCAGCCAUGAGCCGAGCAACCCCCGGGAUUCUCAUAGAAUUGUUAUAAAUAUUUUUGAUGUGAGGACUGGAAAAUUGAUGCGAGACUUUAAAGGAAAUGUUGAUGAGUUUGCAACCGGUGGAAGUGGUGGGGUCUCUGGAAUUUCAUGGCCCGUGUUUAGGUGGGGUGGUGGUAGGGAAGAUAAAUAUUUUGCUAGAAUUGGGAAGAAUGUCAUUGCUGUUUAUGAAACUGAGACAUUCACUCUUGUCGAUAAAAAAUCUAUGAAGGUUGAUAAUGUCGUGGACUUCAGUUGGUCUCCCACGGAUCCAAUAUUAGCUCUUUUUGUUCCAGAGCAAGGUGGUGGAAACCAGCCUGCCCGGGUGAGCCUUGUCCAAAUACCUGGAAAAGAGGAGCUCAGGCAGAAGAAUCUAUUCAGCGUAAGCGACUGCAAAGUGUACUGGCAAAACAAUGGAGAAUAUCUAGCUGUGAAGGUUGAUAGGUACACGAAAACAAAGAAGAGCACCUACACUGGUUUUGAGCUUUUCCGUAUAAAAGAAAGGGAUAUCCCGAUUGAGGUUCUUGAACUGGAUAAUAAAAAUGACAAAAUUAUAGCCUUCGCAUGGGAGCCCAAGGGCCAUAGAUUUGCUGUUAUCCAUGGAGAUGGUCCACGGCCUGACAUUAGCUUCUACUCGAUGCGGACUAGUCAAAACACAGGCCGAGUUUCAAAACUCAUGACUCUGAAAUCGAAGCAGGCAAAUGCACUCUACUGGUCUCCUGCUGGCCGUUACAUAUUGCUUGCUGGCUUGAAAGGUUUCAAUGGCCAAUUGGAGUUCUAUAAUGUCGAUGAACUAGAAACUAUGGCAACAGGGGAGCAUUUUAUGGCCACUGACAUCGAAUGGGAUCCCACUGGCAGAUACGUUGCCACCGCUGUCACAUCAGUCCAUGAGAUGGAAAAUGGAUUCCACAUUUGGUCCUUCAAUGGAAAGCUGUUAUACAGGAUAUCCAGGGAUCAUUUCUAUCAGUUCUUGUGGCGUCCGAGGCCACCCUCCCUCUUAACUACUGAAAAGGAGGAAGAGAUUGCUAAAAACCUGAAGAAAUACAGUAAGAAGUACGAAGCAGAGGACCAGGAUGUAUCGAUGCAGUUGAAUGAGCAGGACCGAAAGAAGAGGAAGAUGUUGCAGGAUCAGUGGAAUGAGUGGGUGGCCAAGUGGAAGCAGUGGCAUGAAGAAGAGAGGCAAUUCAGGAUACAGCUGAGGGAUGGGGAAGCCAGUGACGAGGAGGAAGAGUACGAAGCAAAAGAAGUUGAAGUGGAAGAAGUACUUGAUGUUUCGGAAGAGAUUGUUGCAGACCAAGAUUGAUGUCUUGCGCGCUAGCUAUCUGUCGGAGUUUUCAUCUAUAUUUUUGCACUAGAUCUUAUUUCUUUUUGUUGAUGUAUUGUGUGCUUGGAUGCUCGCUUAGUCUCUAAGUAGAUUGUUGUUUCCAAACAGAAUUGACUACCUCAUCACAAAAUUCUCACUAAUUUAUUAUCAA